GAGUGAGGCCUCCUCACAGUCACGGAUCGGCGGCGGGCGGGCGGCGGGAAGUGAGCGGCGGCGGGCGGAGGGCGCGGCUCGCCCCGGCACAGUUAUUGGACAUGGAGGCAGAAGAGGUGUUGGUGGACACUGUUCAUGAGGUGCCAAGCCACUACAAGGUAGUAUUGGACAGACUGAACGAACAGCGGCAGCACGAGCAGUUUACAGACAUCACCCUCAUUGUGGAUGGUCACCACUUCAAAGCUCACAAAGCUGUCCUUGCUGCCUGCAGCCAAUUCUUCUCUCGCUUUUUCCAGGAUUUCAGGGAGGAACCCUUGGUUGAGAUCGAAGGGGUGAGUAACCUGGCAUUUCAGCACCUGAUCGAGUUCACCUACACUGCCAAGCUGAUGGUGCUGCAGGAGGAGGAGGCGAGCGACGUGUGGAAGGCAGCGGAGUACCUGCAGAUGGAGGAGGCAAUGAAAGCCCUCAACAACCGGAAGAACGCCGAGUCUGCGGUCAAAGCCAAGAAUUCCGGCAAGAGGAAAGCCAAGAAGCGGACAAUAGCGGAAACAUCCAACGUCAUCACGGAAACGCUGCCAUCCAUCCAGGAGACAGAGACAGUGGAGAUCGACCAGGAGAACGUCUUUGCUGCCGAGAUGGUGGAGAUCGGCGGGGGUGCGGAGCGGAUGGAGGAGGCAGCCGCGACGGAGGCAGUGGAGAACCCGCCGACGGCAGACGAGGCAGCGCAGCCGGCCAGCGACCUGCCCAGCUCGGAGCAGCCGGCCGAGUCGGCGCUGGCGCUGCUCGCCGACAUCACCAGCAAGUACCAGCAGGAUAACCUUGACAAGGAGCUGGAGAGGGAGGGGGAACUGGAAGCUGCAGCCCAGCCCCAGGAGGAGACGGAGGCGGCAAUCUCCUCGGAGGACGGCAUCCACAUCGUGGAGGUGCUGGCGCAGGGCGACAAGGUGUUCUGCUGCGAGAAGUGUGGCCGCACCUUCAGACUCUUUUACCAUUUCAAGGAGCACCUGAAGGUGCACUCGGGGGAGAACUACGUGUGCCACCUCUGCAGCAAGCAGUACACGCGGGAGAGCGCCUGGAAGCAGCACCUCUCCUCCCAUCGUGACGAGGAGGGCAGCAACAAAAAGCCACGCUGCGUCCGCAAGGUGCACGUGUGCCAGUACUGCGAGAAACAGUUUGACCACUUUGGGCAUUUUAAAGAGCAUCUUAGAAAGCACACAGGUGAGAAACCUUUCGAAUGUCCGAACUGCCACGAGCGCUUUGCCAGGAACAGCACCCUGAAGUGCCACCUGGUAGCUUGCCGUACAGGCAUGGGUGCAAAGAAAGGAAGGAAGAAGAUGUACGAGUGCCAGGUUUGCUCCAGUGUCUUCCCCAGCUGGGACCAGUUCAAGCACCACCUGGCAGUGCACACAGGGGAGAAGCCCAACCACUGCACCGUCUGCGACAUGUGGUUCAUGCGAGCCAGCGAGCUGCGGCAGCACGUCAAGGAGAAGCACGGAGCGGCCGAACAGGGGGUGGGUGAGGUGACGGAGAUCGUGGUGCCUGUGGUGAUGAUCGACACUGGGGCAAUGGAGGGCGAAACCAUCAUUGAGCAGGUGACAGUGUAGGAGGCUGCUGCCUAAGAUUGGGGGUUGGGAAGGGGGUGGGAAGGGAGGGGGGUGGUGGGCGGGGGUUUGGGCCCAGGGCGGACGCUUCCACGCCUGGCCCAGCGCCAGGAGGUCGCGAUGGGGCAAUGGGGUGGUCGGUGCAGAGGCACCUCUCGCGCCUUUGGCAGCUGCUCUCCCAUCUGUGUUGGACUUCUGGUUUUAACCUUUGAUAAAUGGCGGUCAGCGUACUUUGCCUCCCGAAUGGAAUUGCAGUUCAAGACUGUACAGCCUACGUCUUCGUGCCCGUGUGCGCGAGGAGCUGCCAAGGGUGCUCCUUCCGAGCAGCUGCCAGCGUUUGGUCCAUGAAUGCGCCAGCCCCAAGGCUAUCGGGAAUCAUAAGGGACAAACUCAAUGCGGGCCAGUGGCUGUGAGACCCAGCUCUUCACCUCGUAACCCACUGAGAAGCAGCAACCUACACACACCAUUGAUUGUACACUUCAACCACUGCUGGGAGUGUCCUGUUGCACUGUAGGACCCAGGAUCUGAGGGCUUUGUCGCUGCUGGUGUCGUUUGCCAAUGUUUUAUGUCCAGUUUGCACCAUCAGGUUGGCGUGCCACCAAGCACUGAACCCCUUGGACCUUUGUUACUGGGUACCUUGGAUGCAACACAGAAAGGACUGCACUCCCGCUGGGGUUGUUGCAGUCGCCAGCUCUGUUUGACUUCUGUAAAUGUUCAUGGAGAAUGCACAGCAAUUUAAUCCAUUUACAGGCCUGUUAAUAAAAGAACUGGCUGAUUCUGGAGACAU